UUUUUGGGACACCCUGUAUAUUUGUAUUUCCAUAUAUAAGAAAUACGUUAAACUUUAUGCUAUUAAAAGCUUAAAAAUGAUUUCUUCGAAUAUAGAAUUAUUCCAAAGCUUGCAGUGAAUUAGAUUUCUUUGUUACCGAAGAGAAAGCGGUACUAACCUAGCGUUACCUUUUAAAUUGUUACUGAGUCAAGAGGAAGUAUGUUUAUGUGAAAAGUGGAUCAUUGUUCGUUAAUAUGGAAGAAAUUUUCCAAAUGUUCUAUAAAUAUAGUUUGAAUGACGAAGAAGUGUUGGACAUUGAAAAUUCCUUGCAAAAUGUAAAUGAAGAUGUUGAAAAAUUACUCGUGAACGCUAAGUGUAACAUAGGAUCUGUCGAGUAUGCAAAUCUGAAUAAGAUGCUUGCCAUUUGUUAUUUAAAGAUGGGUAACGAACUCGAAGCCAUAUGUCGUUUAAUCGAGUCGCAUGCAGUAAUACUUCGUCAACAAAUAUCGCACAGGUACAUGAAGAUGAAGGUGCGGGAAUCAUAUUUAGAUACUCAACAGUUCUAUGGGCUAAAGCCUGCCUAUGUCCAAUUCGGUGUAAACAAUGCAAAUAGCGUCGAUAAUGUAAAAGAGAAACUGCACGAUUUACCUAAAGAAUGGUACGUAAUUCAAAUUACUGAACAACACAAGUCUCCGGACAUUUCCGAAUGUUGCAAAUCCACGAUUAAUGCAAUGCACGCAAUACACAUUAUCAUACUACCAACAGGUUCCAAGGAAAUAGAACCUUUGUGUAUAACAUUACCAAAACCUAAAUUGCAAUCAUCCUAUGACAUUUGUUACGAAAUUCAAAAAAUUCUAUCUAACAAUAGAUCAAAAUUGGAAGCUACUUAUGAGAACAAUGAACUAUAUUGGAAAAUGCGCAAUCGACAAAAUACUAACAUGAAGACAGCUAUACGUACAUUAGAGUACUCGUGGUUGAGAGAAUGGAGAAUCUUGUUCAUGGCAGAUCCGAUAGACAACAUUGAUUUAGUAGCAGAUAUUGUAGAAAUGAUCGAUAAACUCAUAUUAGACAACAAAAUACAUUGUACCAUACCAAAGCGUUCUGUGUGGUUAUUGAAAAAGAUAGCGCUCGGUGCGUGUUUUCUUACUCGAGAAGAAAUAGCACGCGCGGUAAAGUAUGUGCUACCUACAUGCGACAAACUUGCUGACAAUGUUAUAUUGUCCAUAUAUGGAAAAUUGUCAUGUAUAGUAGAAUUACAAAAUGCAACUAGGAAAACAUUAGUUUUAAUUGUCGAUGAACAUAUGGAUUGCAUACCUUUCGAGUCCAUGGAAAUCUUGAAGUGUCAUCCGAUUACUCGUUUUCCAUCGCUACACAUUGCUUAUGCUUUAUUUAAAGAGCACGAAAGUACAAUGGAAAACGGUUGUAAGAUAAUUAGAGUUAAAAGGGAUAUGGGAACCUGUAUAGUUAACCCAUCGGGUAAUUUACCUAAAAUGGAAAGACGCAUGCGACUCUUUAUCGAACACUGGUUACCAAAUUGGAGGAGCUGGUACAAUGUCGAACCAGAAGAAGAAGUUUUCGAAGACGCUUUAAUCAAUCGUGAUAUAUUAAUGUAUAACGGUCAUGGUAGCGGGAUACAAUAUUUACCAGGAGAAAAAAUCGAAAGACUUAGAGUGAAGUCAAUCGUUUUAUUAUUUGGCUGUAGUAGUGUAAAAUUACUUGUAGUAGGAGGACGAUUUCCACCAUAUGGUAUUUCAAAUCAGUAUUUAAUAGCGAGCAGCCCCUGCGUGCUCGGUAUGUUAUGGGAAGUUACAGAUGCUGAUAUCGAUAAGAUGACUACAAAUUUCAUUAGCAGUUGGAUUCCAUCGCCGUCAAACAGACCAUGGACCGAUGUCGAUAUUCAUAUGUGGUGCACAGGUACUCUAAAAUUUUUGAAAAACCCACAAAAAAGUACUCAAGAUGCGCCUCAGGAACCUGAGAUGUUAAGGGCGGUGGCAAAAUCUAAAGAUGCCUGUUCUCAAUAUAUGACCGCGGCUGCGGUAGUGGUACGAGGACUACCGGUAAAGUUGAUAUAAAUUAUAAAUGUUUAAACAAUAUAAACGAAUAUAAUUAUUUGAUACUAGUUUACGUGUAAUUAAAAAAGUUGAUAAAAAUUUUGUGUGUAUAAAAAAUCUCGUAGUUUGGUCAUUUAUAAUGCCCAGUCUGUCUAUUUCGAAAUAU